AUUGGAUUUUGUGGUGUUUCUAAAGAACAAAAAUACUAAAAUUAUAAAACGUCAUUGAAUCAAACUAUAUUGAUAUGAUCGAUAUAGGAUGCAUAACACAAUUAUAUCCAAACAAUUCCGUUUGUACGGUUCAAACAGUCUUUCUUUUAGACCACCUCCUGUCACAUGAUGUAGUUCGCGAAUGACUUCACGCUCUGUCAUGGCUGCACGAGACAUAAACAUGCCAGUGGUGCUGUAAUUCAGAGCAUUAAACCAGUGCGAUGAUUAAAACAGCGGCCAUAACAAAUCAUUUUGACUUGAGAUUCGCCAUAUGAAAUCGGUUAGUCCGUGUUUGAGCGGCAGGUGAAGUGUUGUAGAUCAUAGGAAGUAUCCAAUCAUGCAGACUGAAGCCGUACUGGAGCAUCACAGCUCACAGAGUUCCCUCAGGACGGGCUCCAAAUCCUGGCAGUACAGUGAUCUGAUGGAAAAGGUGGAUGGGUAUUUGAUGAAGUAUACCAAUCUUGUGACUGGAUGGCAGUAUCGAUAUUUUGUGCUCAACAAUGAGGCAGGGCUGCUGGAAUACUUUGUAAAUGAGCAGUCCAGGAAUCAGAAGGCCCGGGGCUCGCUACCGUUAGCCGGUGCAGUGAUUUCCCCCAGCGAUGAAGAUUCACACACCUUCACUGUCAACGCCAUCAGCGGAGAGCAAUACAAACUCAGAGCCUCAGAUGCAAAGGAGCGUCAGCACUGGGUCAGCCGACUGCAGAUCUGUGCGCAGCACCACACGGAGGCGAUGGGCAAGACAAACCCACCGCUUCAAUCUCGCAGUCUCUCCAUGGCAUCUCAGGGCAGUGGCAGCUCUCCAGGAUCUCAACACCGGAUUAACCAGAACUCAAACGCCCUGUUGGGCCUGUCCCAGCUGCAGCGCGGCUCCUCGCUUUACUCCAGCAGGAAAUCACUGCUGCCUGAUCACUUGCUGGAGGCCAGAGAGAUGAUGAGUCAGGCGCAGGGCCAGCACAGAGACCUGAUCCAAAGUAUUGAGGGUCUGCCCUCCUCUCAGGGUCCCUCUCCCUUGGACCAAGACCUGCUGCUGCUGAAAGCCACCUCUUUGGCCACUAUGACCUGCCUCAGCGACUGCUUGCAAAUCCUGCAGCUCCAACAAGUGGCUCGACAGAAAGUUCCUCUCGUUGGCCCUGCCCUCGAGUGGCUGGAGCCAAAACUGCCGGACAUCCUGAAGAAUGGAGGGACGCUGCCCAGCAUCACCAAAGGUGAUGGUAACACGGUGGGAACCGUUCUGGAACCUUUAGAAAUGGACUCCUGUGAUAUCGCUGGGGAGCAGGAGGAGAUUGAUGCCACGCAGGAGGUAGACGACUCCUCUCCAGUCGAGGAGGAGGAUCUGGGUGCUGUCGAAGAGGAGCGCAGCGUCAUUCUGCACCUCCUCUCUCAGCUGAAACUGGGCAUGGACCUCACCAGGGUGGUCCUGCCUACUUUUAUACUGGAGAAGCGCUCCCUGCUGGAAAUGUAUGCAGACUUCAUGUCCCAUCCGGACCUUUUCGUGGCCAUCACCGAUGGCACCAGCCAGAUGGACCGCAUGGUCCGAUUUGUGGAGUAUUACCUCACUUCCUUCCAUGAAGGUCGCAAAGGUGCCAUUGCCAAGAAGCCCUACAACCCCAUCAUCGGAGAGACCUUCCACUGCUCUUGGAGAGUACCCAAAGCGUCAUCAUCUCCGACAGGUGUCCCGAAAGAGGGGACGUCGGACUGCUACAAUGUUCGCUUUGUGGCUGAACAGGUUUCCCAUCAUCCCCCGGUCUCGGGCUUCUAUGCAGAAUGCCAGGAGAGGCAGAUGUGUGUCAACACUCAUGUGUGGACCAAAAGCAAGUUCAUGGGCAUGUCCAUUGGCGUCUCUAUGAUCGGAGAAGGUAAUCUACACCUAUUAGAGCAUGAUGAAGAAUACACCUUUAGUCUGCCCUCUGCUUAUGCCCGCUCGAUCCUCACUGUGCCCUGGGUGGAACUGGGAGGAAAGGUCAAUGUCAACUGCGCCAAGACUGGCUACUCUGCAGUCAUCACCUUCCAGACAAAGCCUUUCUAUGGGGGCAAGCUGCACAGAGUGAACGCGGAGGUCAAACAUAACCCCACCAACUCCGUGGUGUGCCGCGUGCAAGGCGAGUGGAACGGCGUGCUGGAGUUUUCCUACACCAGCGGAGAGACACGUGUCGUAGACGUCACCAAUCUCCCCGUCACCAGAAAAAGAGUACGGCCCAAUGAGCUGCAAGGACCCUACGAGUCCAGGAGACUGUGGCAACAUGUGACCGAGUCUCUGAAGGAUAGGGAUAUGGAAAAGGCCACGGAACACAAGCGCUUCCUGGAGGAAAGACAGAGGAAGGAGGAGAGGCAUCGUGCAGAGACACAGACACCAUGGAGGACCAAAUACUUUGAGCGCAAAGGUGAAAGCUGGGCGUAUUACCAACCACUGUGGAAAACGGCAACUCAUAGCUCUUCCCCGGUUCCCACUCCUCAAAAUCCAUGACCUCUGACCUUUUAAGAGCUGAGUUCAGGCACUGUACAGCCUCCUGCUAUUGUAAACCUCUGGCCCUGUGUUCCCUCUCUCACAGAUGAAGACAUACACUCUCCUUUGUAUGAUUCCUGAAACAUAACUUCAACUUGAGUGUUUGUAAUGCUUUGUGGACUUGCGGGUUUGCACUCUGAUGUUCAUAUUUUGCAUCCCUCGGUGGUAAGGUUUUUGUAGAACUACACAGUGAACGAUUUCUCCAAAUCUGCGCACUGAUAUUCUUUGUUGAUGUUGCCUUAACAAGUGUCGUAUGUAACGAGAGCUGAGUACAGCCUGACGGUUCUUAAUGUGGGUUUGUGUUUGGGGUGAACUUCUUAAUCUGACCAUACUGUAUUUGUACAGUCAAAGAUUUCCGAUUCUUUUAAAAUCAUUUAUGAAUUAUCAUUAUUUAAAUAUCUAAUGAAAUGCAGGAUUAGGGGAGUUAAAAAAAAAAACAGUUGCGUCAAUAACUGGCGAAGAUGUGAGUUGUUAUUGCUUAGCGGAGCCAGACGCAGCUUGAGUUUUGAUGAGAGAGAAGCCGUUGGCUUGGCUUUUCUAUUAUGCUGUCUUUUUCUCGUACUUGCUCUGGUAAAUGAGGCUUGCAGGUGCUAUACACAAAAUCUGGGCCGGAUUAAAAUGUUCGGGUAGAGGCCUGCUCUUCUGUUUCUGCUUGAUGUUCAUUGAACAGUUACGUUGGCUUCAGUUUCAGAGAUUUUAAAGGGAUAGUUCACCCCAAAAUGUAAGUUUUGUCCUCAUUUACUCACUUAACGUCUGUAUGACUUAAAAAUCCAUACAAUGAAUGUCAAUGGCGUCCAAAAACUUUGGACUUUUGGAAAGGUCAUAAAGGUUUGGAACAACAUUACUCACCCUGUUCAAUGUAGUCUAGAUGACUUGUGCUCUAUAUUACAAGUCUUCAGGUGUCAUCUGAUGAGUUGUGAGGUACUGACAGAAAUUUAAGCUGUUUACUGCUAUCAUUAAAUAUAAUUUGCUCUGUUAAUUUCAACAGCUUCUAAGAUUUCGGUUGGCCCUGCUGAAAAAAAACAACCCAACUAGGUUCAGAAGUUUUAUAGAGCACUUAUAUGGUGUUUUUCUAUAUAUGAGGUACAGUAUAAGUCACAAUUCAUUUUGUUUUGUAUGGAAAAGAGAAGCUUGGGCAUUCUGUUUGACAACUCCUUUUGUAUUUCAUGGAAAAUCGGAUGAGUAAAUGAAGCCAAAGUUUUCAUUUUUGCAAUCAGAUGCGUUUAUAGCAUGUGUUCCUUGCUGAAGGUUCAGGUUUUAGUUUGCUGGUCAUGAUAGUAAGGUUUUUCGUUUGUAAUUUUGUGUUCAAAAGCUUCAUCGUUUGAUCUGCCAGCUGAGGACAGUUGCAGUGAUGGUGCUGGCUAAAGUGUUACGUCUCUCUCAUAUAAUCUCUGCUUCAGCCCUGGCAUUGGUUGCGCUGAGAAACUUGUGGUGCCUUAUUUGUGUUAGUCUUCCUCUCGUUCCACAUCACAGCCGUCAGCUUUCUCAUUAAAACAGAGUAAGACGGAAGCCGCAGCCUUUGUAUAUAUAGGUAUCUUCUGUAAUUUUCGUUCAUCAGCUGUGCUUUCCACUCAAGUCAUUCUGCUGAGCCAUCGACUGCACUGAUGUUUUAAAUACACUCCCUGUAGCCUCAGAACAUAUGAUUGAAAAAAAUAAAAGGGUUAAUAUAUUGGAGGA